GAUAAUAAUAUUAAAAGAACAAAAAAACCAAAGUUUAGGGCAAGCAAAGAUAAAUUUCUUACAGCGUUUUCCAUGUCCAGAGCUUAUCUUUGAUUCCAACCCCAUAACUCUAAAAUACACAGGAACAAUCAAAAAAGCAAGUUUUGUGUUUCUGCCUGACUCUUUCCUCUCAGUCACCCAACAUCAAAGACUCCAUCAUCCUUUUUUUUUUUUUUUUUUUUUUUUUUUUUGUCUUUUUUUCCCUUUUUUUUGGGGGUAAAUCUUCGUUCAGAUCCAAUUUUGUUCAUCUCCGAUCAUCAGUCUCUCUGUUACCGGAUCUAUUUACUUUGUUUAUGAUUUAUCAACUUAUGAAGGGUCAAGAAAGCGUAAGGACCUUUAACAUUUUGCAACGGAAUCAAGCAAUAUUUUUUAGCAGGAUGUGAUGUGUAUGGGUUGACAAUGCCUGAGUUGCGAAGUGGAGCCAGGAGAUCUAGACGGCUUGAUGAUCUUCAGCCUUGUACACAACCACUCGAUCAAGGAGAAAAUUUGGCAGUGCCUGCCCCUAAUAGAACCAGAAGAAGGGUUGCUGGUGGAAGAGGAAGAGGUGGUAAUGCCCAAGCUGUAGCGAAAGGUCCCUCAGUGGCGAUUCCUGCAAGACCAACAGCUGCCCGGCGAGGACGUGGAAUCAGAUUGAUAGACUUAGAUCCCGAACCUUGUGAGGUUCUUCCUGAAGCUGGUGCCAUUGGGGCUGCAGAGCCUGUUUUCAAUCGAGUUGAGGCCGUUGCAAAUAAAGAUAUGGCCAUAGAGGGUGGAAGUGCCGAUAAAGUAAUGGGAGUUGAAGAGGAAGCAGGCACAGCCCCUGUUCCUGACAGGGUCCAAGUGGGCAAUUCUCCUGUAUAUAAGGUUGAAAAAAAACUUGGCAAGGGUGGCUUUGGCCAAGUUUUUGUUGGUAGAAGAGUCAGUGGUGGAACUGAUCAGACAGGUCCUGAUGCAAUUGAGGUUGCUCUGAAGUUUGAGCAUCACAACAGUAAAGGUUGCAGUUAUGGACCUCCAUAUGAAUGGCAAGUGUAUAGUGCUUUAAAUGGAUGCUAUGGAAUUCCUUGGGUUCAUUUCAAAGGUCGCCAGGGUGAUUUCUACAUUCUGGUCAUGGACAUGCUUGGACCAAGCCUAUGGGAUGUCUGGAACACUCUUGGCCAAUCGAUGUCACCACAUAUGGUAGCUUGCAUUGCGGUAGAGGCAAUAUCAAUUCUUGAGAAGCUUCACAUGAAGGGGUUUGUGCAUGGAGAUGUGAAGCCAGAGAACUUUCUACUUGGUCAAGCGGGGACGGCAGAUGAGAAAAAACUGUAUCUUAUUGAUCUUGGUCUAGCUUCUAAAUGGAAAGAUAUAGCUAGUGGUCAACAUGUUGAAUAUGAUCAAAGGCCUGACAUAUUCAGGGGGACAAUAAGGUAUGCAAGCGUACAUGCACAUUUAGGUAGAACUGGAAGUCGGAGAGAUGAUCUCGAAUCAUUGGCUUACACGUUAAUAUUCCUUAUAAAAGGAAGAUUACCUUGGCAAGGAUAUCAGGGUGAUAACAAGAGUUUUUUAGUAUGUAAGAAAAAAAUGGCCACUUCUCCAGAGUUGAUGUGCUGCUUUUGUCCAGCACCAUUCAAGCAGUUUCUUGAAGCUGUAAUAAAUAUGAAAUUCGAUGAGGAGCCAAAUUAUUCAAAACUAAUAUCCUUUUUUGAAGGCUUGAUUGAUCCAUGCAUACCACUGAGGCCAAUUCGAAUUGAUGGGGCAUUGAAGGUUGGGCAAAAGCGUGGUAGACUGCUCAUAAAUUUGGAAGAAGAUGAGCAACCUAAGAAGAAAGUGAGGUUAGGUAGUCCUGCUACUCAAUGGAUAUCGGUUUAUAAUGCACGUCGGCCCAUGAAGCAAAGGUACCACUACAAUGUUGCAGACUCAAGGUUGCGCCAACAUAUAGAAAAGGGUAACGAAGAUGGAUUGCUUAUAAGCUGUGUGGCCUCAGCAUCAAAUCUCUGGGCCCUAAUCAUGGAUGCUGGAACAGGGUUCUCUUCCCAGGUUUACGAGUUGUCAUCUGUGUUCCUUCACAAGGAUUGGAUUAUGGAGCAAUGGGAAAAGAAUUUUUAUAUUAGUUCGAUUGCUGGAGCAGCUAAUGGAAGUUCCCUGGUUGUUAUGUCAAAAGGAACACCUUAUACUCAGCAAUCUUAUAAAGUUAGUGAAUCUUUCCCUUUCAAGUGGAUAAACAAGAAAUGGAAAGAAGGAUUCCAUGUCACUUCAAUGACCACUGCCGGAAGUCGUUGGGGCGUGGUUAUGUCUAGAAAUGCUGGCUUUUCUGAUCAGGUUGUGGAGCUUGAUUUUUUGUACCCAAGUGAAGGUAUUCACCGCAGAUGGGAAAGUGGUUAUAGGAUAACAUGCAUGGCAGCAACUGCAGAUCAGGCUGCCUUCAUAUUAAGCAUACCGAAACGAAAAUUGAUGGAUGAAACUCAGGAAACUCUGCGAACGUCUGCAUUUCCCAGCACACACGUGAAGGAGAAAUGGUCGAAGAAUCUCUACAUCGCGUCGAUAUGUUAUGGGCGGACGGUUUGCUAAUUUAUGAUUCAUGAACAGUGUAAUUUGUAUGUAUAUUCUGGCAAUGCCCCGGCAGAAGGAGGGGGCAAAAAGUGAAAACAGAACAAACCUUUUUUUUUUUUCAGAAAUGUGGAAGCUGAGAGAGAGUUGAGUUGAUUCAAGAUGUGGGAUUUGAGAGAGAGAGGAGGAGCAUGAGGGAAAAUGGUGGAGAAGGGAAUAUGAAUUAUAUUUUAGUUCUCUUCUCAUGGGUUUGAAAAUUCAAUGUCUCCAUUCCAUUAGUUGAAAAACUUGUAAUGGUGGUGGAAAGCAAUGGAAGAAAGGAUGGAUUGUGAUGGAAAGGCAAGAGAGACAAAAGAAUGUUUGUGGAGAGGUAUUUCUAGCAUUUAUGGCCAAAAUUAUGGUCAUAAUGCCACACCUCCACAAUAGGAUUCUAAAUUGAAAAAAGUGAAAAAAAGAAAAGGAGACAAGUUUUGUACAACUUGAUUGCAACCUCUCUAGUCUUUUACCAUGUAAAGUCUUCAAAACUAACAUUCAAAAAAUUGAGCUUCUCAUUCUUCUAUCCAA